AUGGCUUUGUCCACUGAGAUCUAUUCCCAACCUGCUCUAAACAUUGCAAAUUGUGUGACUGUAAAACUCUCCGAAAGAACCUAUUUACUUUGGAAGACUCAGUUCGAGUCGUUCCUUUGCGGUCAAGGACUCCUGGGGUUUAUCAAUGGUUCUACUCCGAGACCAGUUGCUGCUACAAACGCUGACAACACUCCAAACCAGACCUAUCAAGCUUGGAUUCGUUCAGAUCAAGUCGUCAGAGCAUGGCUUUUAGGAUCGUUAUCAGAAGACAUUCUCUCCAAAGUCAUCUCCACAUCGACAUCUCAAGAGGUAUGUAACUAUCUCGCUGCUCACUUCAAUAAAGUAUCCUCGGCUAGGCUGUUUGGUUUACAAAGGAAGCUGCAAAACACUGAAAAGAAAGAUAUGCCUAUGGUCGAUUAUUUAAAAGAGCUUAAGAGUGUGUGUGAUCAGCUAGCUUCUGUCGGUAGUCCUGUUAGUGAGAGAAUGAAAAUUUUUGCUGCUUUGAAUGGCUUGAGUAGAGAGUACGAACCUAUCAAGACCUCCAUCGAAGGAAUGCUAGAUGGUACCCCAUCACCAACUCUAGACGAUGUGAUACCACGCCUCACUGCCUUUAAUGAUCGAUUGCUUAGCUACACUGAAGAAACAAGCAUUUCUCCACACCUGGCGUUUAACACGCAACAGUUUGUCAGCUCUCACUACAGCAACAGAGGUAGAGGAAACAGAUCCAGAGUCAGAGGAGGAUACUCCACUAGGGGUAGAGGAUUUCAUCAACAAAUAUCAGCCUCCUCUAGGUCUUCUGGUCAGUCUGCAGAUAACAGAGCCAUCUGUCAAAUAUGCGGCAAAGCAGGGCAUGCAGCAUCCACGUGCUGGCAUCGGUUUGAUAAUACUUAUCAACCUGAUCUUCCUGCAGCCUUAGCUGCCUUACGCAUCACCGAUGUGACAGAUCAAGCAGGUCAUGAAUGGGUUGCUGACAGUGGAGCUACGACACAUGUAACCGGGUCUCAGAGUCAUUUGCAGAACUCUCGUCAAUAUGAAGGUAAUGAUACCAUUAUGCUUGGGGAUGGGAAUUUCUUACCCAUCACUCAUACUGGCGCAACUUCUCUACCAACAACAUCAGGUAACCUGCCUCUUAAAGAUGUUAUAGUGGUGCCUGGACAAGGCAACAAAGAAGCUCCUCACAACCGGUCCUGA